AUGGAGCCACAAUCAUCCACGACGCUCGUGCUGUGCGGGAAAUCCGUCGUAGAAGAUGAAUUCGCGCGGCGCUUGAAGAACAUAAAUGCGAUAAAUCUCCCCGAUGAUUCUCCGGUGACCGUUGUUCUGCAGUCCGAGGUCGAGAAUCGAGACGGCGUUGGAAACGACGACGUUUUCCGCGUGGGUUCGUACAUGAAUUCGCUCUCGACUUCGAAUUUCGGAAAGCUGCUCGUUUACUCCCCCAAAUUAGCUUCCACCCAUGAUGUCGUUUCUCAUAAUUUUGCUGAGUUGCCUGUUGGUGCUGUGUGUGUUGCUGACGUGCAGGUAAAAGGCAGAGGUCGGUCGAAGAAUGUAUGGGAAUCGCCAAAGGGGUGCCUCUUGUUUUCGUUCACCAUACAGAUGGAGGAUGGCCGUAUUUUGCCACUUGUGCAGUAUAUCAUUAGCCUGGCUAUGACCGAGGCAAUUAAAGAUGUUUGCCGACUAAGUGGCCUGCCUUCUCUUGACGUUAGAAUAAAGUGGCCGAAUGACCUGUAUUUAGAUGGUCUUAAAGUGGGAGGUAUUUUGUGCACAUCAACAUAUAAGUCUAAGAAGUUUAAUGUCAGUGCUGGAAUUGGCCUCAAUAUCAAUAACGAGCAACCAACAAUAUGUCUGAAUUCUUUUCUGAGAAGGAUGGGACAUGCUGCUCCUCAACUGCAGCGUGAAGAGAUUAUUGCAGCUUUCUUCAAUAAAUUUGAGAGUUAUUAUGACAUUUUUAUUAGUCAAGGCUUCCAAGCACUGGAAGAGCUGUACUACAAGACAUGGCUUCACAGUGGACAACGAGUUAUCGUACAGGAAAAGAAUGAAAAUCAGGAGAAAAUAUCAGAAAAUGUGGUCACAAUCCAGGGUUUAACAAAAUCUGGAUAUUUACUGGCUGUCACUGAAGAUGAUCAGACGUGUGAACUUCAUCCAGAUGGAAACAGCUUUGAUUUCUUUAAAGGACUGGUGAGGAGAAAAAUAACAUGA